AAAACCCCAAAAAGGGCAAAAAUGGCAAAAAAAAAAAUAUUCAAGAACAAACAAUCAAUCUGCAUCAUGGCCCCUUACCACGUGGUGCAGGCUACCUGAAUGCCCUUCCCGCCCGCCACCGUCUUGUGCUCGAAAGUUCUGUCAGGAAUUUAUCGUCAGCGCCUCCGAAUACGACACCAGCAAGGUAACACGUAUCCGCGUACGUGAGCUGACUGCUCUCCAUUCUUCUCUUCUGAGUUUGACAGUUGGAAUGGCAUUAUUAUCCUCGUUUUAGUGACUUCAAGUUAUCUUCAACAUUGGCGACCUUUUAGUGUGAGAUCUACCAUGCCGCCCAAGAAGCCGCCAUCCAAGCUCACAGCGCAGGGAUCGACGUUGAAUCCACCACCCACUGCUCACAACUACCGCCAGUCAGUACAAGCGCCAAAUUUGCCACCGUCAGACUCGAUCCCGCCGCUCUGGAAGCCAAAUGUAGUUCCAAACGAGGUCUUCCCAGAAUGGAUGGACCCUGCAGCUUUGCCUGCGGACCAUUGGGGAACGGUGGAACAACCUUUUGAAGACCCUUUAGCGCCAGAAAAUCUGGUUUUGCCGAAGGAGGUGAUUGAGUUCAAAGAUUCCAUUAUGUGGAAGCGUCCGUCUCAAUUCCUGCCUGUCAUUGUGGAAACACCAGUGGUUCAUGCGACUCCACCUCCACCAACUCCCGAACCAAAAGCUACUGGAAAGAAAGGAGCUGCCCCAGCUGCAAAGAAAGGAGAACCAGAGCCGCAGAAAAAGCCUCCACCUCCUAAACAUGCCCACGUUUUUGUUCCGAAAAGCGAAAAAGCAGGCACAACGACCAGCUCUUCCUCUCUACCAUCAACUGCAGAGCAUCACCACGACCACACACUGCGUAUCCCUCGCGACUUUCAACGACGGUGGAGUGUCGAGCAACUAGAAGCACUUGAGGCGUGGACCAAAGAGGAGGAACGCAUUGAACUCGAGCAGCAGCAUCGCGAACGGAUGUACAUGGGAUUCGAAGAUGCCAUCGCGUAUAUUGUCAACGAUCGACCUCGAGAUCUCCUGGCAGAAGUGGAUUUUGAUGCAGACGACUUAAUAGACGAUGGCCAAGACGAAGACGACGCCCUUACAACUAACAUGGAUGUGAGCAAUGCAACAUCUCCGUGGGGUGUAAUGCCCCCUCCAAGAAUCGAAAUUGCUCCAAAUGCGGUAUACAAGCCGGAGAUUCCCCAUGGAGAUGUAAUUCACGCUGACAUGGCGUCGUACUUCCGAAUUGUGGAGCAACUGUACGAUUCCAGCAAGACCAGCAACAACUGCAUGGCGCCGUUUUUGUGGCAAGCGAUUUACCCUCAAGACAACACUGGGCAACCAGUAUACAACCCCGGUGGGAAAUACAGCGUCAAGUUAUUCGUCUUUGGACGAUGGCGUCGCAUUGAUAUCGACGACAAGCUACCGCUAGAUGCUGACGGAAAGGUCAUUUAUCUGGCUAGUUCGAUGAAAAACGAGAUCUGGCCGAGCUUGUUGGUCAAGGCUCUGUAUAAAGUGGCCUAUUGGUUGCAUCCACAUCGUCAUGAAACUGAAUUGGAGCGCCAAAGUAGCACUGAUGGUAUGUGUCAAAACGUGAUUCAGACUAUACUAGCGCUCACCAGCUGGAAGGUCUCGCUAUGGCAGCCGGAAGCAAGUACCAAAUUCAGUGAGAACGUCUUCCAUCAGCUACGCCAGUACAUUCUGAGCUCUGAAAAACCUGACGAAGCCAGCGAACAGCCUACAGAAAGCGAGUCCGUCGCAAACAGCACAACUGGUGUAUCUCCAGCAGUGACCGAGACAUUAGCGACUGUAAACGCUCUUAUGCCUCGAGCUGUUAUUUGUUGUACAGGUAUCAAUCGAGUUGCCGGCAUGGUUUUCGGCGAAAUUGUUCUGGUGACUGGCGUGGUUGGAGACACUGGUAGCACUACGUUCAAAGUGGUUCGACAAGGCUCUCCGGCCACCAUUUCAGAAGAAACGAACGAUGUAAACGAGCUCGUAUUUCUGCUGGUUCAUCAAGUCCUUCAAUACUCCGAUACAUUUAUUCGUGAAUGGAUGCCAAAUCCAGAGCCUCCUCCUGAAGGUGUUGAAGAUACACGUGCACCACUCGUGCCAUUUGAAACUCCGCGCGUGCAAUUUGUGGUGAUAACAGCGCGUGAUUCCAUUCCAGAACAACCUCCUGGAGACAAUUUAAGCGAUAUUUCUCACAUGAUUCAAGAACCCGUAAAUCUUGUAGCCUCACUGACUCCCGUUCAAUCACCAGAAAAAUAUGAUCAAGACCUGGAUAAUCUGAGCAAGCCGUCGGUUUUAAUGGCCACUCACCUUGUCGUCGAUCCGAACGGCAGCGUGAUUCUGAUAGAAGAAAUUGAAAAGAAGGCAUCGACGUCUUCACUACCAGCGAUUCUGCCAUUAAACUCGACUUUCGCGGAGUACAUCAGCGUUCCCUUGGUGGGUAAAAGUAAAAUUGUAUAUCGUGUAUACUCGCAAAAAUCUCUUCGAUACGGCUAUUCUUUGGUGGUUGAGUCGAAUCAAAAGGUAUCAUUUCAAGAUGCUCCUACGUACUGGCGCAGUCUAUCCAACUUCCACGUGAUUGAAUGUGAUGGAGCUUAUCCAGUCAUGUUGCCAGGGACUUGGAACAUCUUGUUCAAACAAAGCUUUGAACUUGUUCCACCGACUCACGAAGACGGAGACAAGGAGCCAUCACCUGAAUUGAGAAUUGAUCUCUAUCUAUCUGAGGAGAUGCUCUCAAGCUUCACGCAUAUUUCCAUUGUGAACGAUGCUACAGGUGAAGUCAAGAAGGCCAGUACUCUCUGUACCAAAGUAUCGCUUCCCAGUGUUUCGAACCUCGCAAGUAAUGCUCCGAUAGCUUACACGAUGAUAAUUGACUGUGCUCCUGGGAACUUCCACGUCCGGGAAGGUAAAUGGAAGCUCACGCUCGCUAGCGACUGGGAUUUCACGAAGCCAACGACGCAUGAGAUGAAAAUCACCCAAUUCGAGGGGGUCUACGAGCCGAACAAGCCAUUGCUGUGCUUCCGAGAUGUAAUUAUGGCACCGAAGACGUCAAUCUGGACGAGUUUUCAGCUCCAACUCCUGAGUGACGGAGCUGUUGUAAACACUCUCGCAGCAAAGCUGGAGGUCUUUGACCUUGGUAUGAACCAAACUCAACGAAUCUCCGAGAUCAGUUCGAAGGGGGAAGUUCGCUUAUUGCAGCUCCCGUGUGUCACCGCAGCUGAUGGCCAGUCACAGUCUGAUGAUAAGCGAGGGUAUAUUAUCCAAGGCAGCAUCGACAGAACCACCUGCAUCGUACCAGACGAGUUGCAAUCCCGUCGUCCAUUCCGCAACAACUCAAAUCGUCCGUCAAAGGAACUCACAACCACGUCAGUGGACGAGAACACGUCGCUGGAGGGAAACUCUGGUGUCUCACCACCUGGUUCUGCUCGCUCAUCUCGUCCGAGUGGCAUCAAAUGGCGACUCAAUUGUUGGAGCUCGGAGGACGUAAAACUACAGGCAGACAACGCGAAAGAGCUUCAAUUCGAAGCCAUUCGAGCGUCCUGGGCUGAAAAGGCUGUCGAUCGGAACACUAAUGGCGCCGUAUCGCGGUUACUGUAUCUGGGUAAACUCGAAGAAGCUGAGGCUAGGAUGAAGCAAGACAAUAUGACGGACGAGCAAAUCGCUAAGGUGAGAAACCGCUUCGAGUGGAUUCAAGCGGUCAGAAAAGCAGAAGGAGUGUGUGAAUCGUAUCUCGAAGAAGUUGCAGGGAGUGAGGAGAAACUGUUAUCGAAAGAGGAACUCGAUGAAAGUAAGCGCCUCUUGCUUGAGCGGAUUGGAGCAGUGGAAGCGGACAAAGAACAGCGCCGCGUGGCCCGUGCAACGGCUAAAGAGGAGCGCGCCAAGGAACUGAAAAACAUGGUACGAUCCGUGAUCGACAGACGUGCGAUCUCACUCAAGAAGCAGCAGGAGUUGAAACGUCAACUAGCAGCACUACAAACUCAGUCAGCCUAGUAAGAAAGUCGAUGGUCAAACGGAGACCAUCGAUCUCUGAACAUUCAUCUGUGAGCUUCGUUAUUUCCUCAACUUCCUCCCCAAUUUUAAUUCCUGGGGAGGUGCUCACUUUACUACGUCACUUGAAUUUUCCUAUAUGCAAUGGGCAUGUCUCCUCACUUGCUGGCUUUGCGUCGUCGUCCUUUCCGCACUUCAAUGAUUCCUGAUCUUCAUCCCCGUCCGCCGAAGAGUCCUGAAACGCUAACUAGCGAGCGUGGAGCUACCCUGGGUGUUUUCAAUUUUUUUUUUUGUUUUUCUGUUUUACUGCAUUUUCGCAUUUCGCUCACCCUGGUGC